ACUUUCUGCCCUUAAAAUCCCUCUUCUCUAAGCUUCCUCUGUUUCUCUCUCUGCAAAUACUCUGCUUUUGUGUUCCGUUGUUUCAAAUUGAACUCUCUCUGAGCCUUUUCUUUGCUAAAACAAUAACAAAGGGAGAUGGGUGCUCUUGAUUUUCUCUCAGAUUACUUUUCAGUUUCCACCCCAAAGAAGAAACGCAAGGCAAUGCAGACAGUUGAAAUCAAGGUGAAAAUGGACUGCGAUGGCUGUGAAAGAAGAGUCAAGAACUCUGUUUCCGGCAUGAAAGGAGUGAAGCAAGUGGAGGUGAACAGAAAGCAAAGCAAGGUAACAGUCACAGGAUAUGUGGAUCCAAACAAGGUGUUAAAGAAAGUGAAGAGCACAGGGAAGAGGGCAGAGUUUUGGCCAUACAUACCCUAUAACUUAGUGGCAUAUCCUUAUGUGGCUCAGGCUUAUGACAAGAAGGCUCCUUCUGGGUAUGUCAGGAACACAGUUCAAGCACUUCCUAGCCCUCAUGCUCCUGAUGAAAAGCUCACUUCUUUCUUCAGUGAUGAAAACCCUAAUGGUUGUUCUGUUAUGUGAAAACCACUCAGUAAUUAUUAACUAUGUGUGUUUUUGUUUAUUCAAUUUGUUGUUUUCUGCUUCUUGUAAUGUAAGAUUUUGCCUCUGUUUUUUGUGUUUUGUAGAGAUGUUAAAGUUUCUUGUUUUGGUGUAGGAUCUUUUGUAUGAGUUGAGAAUUAUAGUCAUAUCACUUCUUAGUU